CAGACCUUAAGUCUAAAGAAUAGAUAUGUUCAGUGGAUGUUAUUUAUCAAGAUUACUGUGCAUGUCUCAUGUCUGUGGAAAGGGAGGAUUCUUUUGUUUUGAUUCAGGCAAACAUUUUCCACCUCAUACAGAACUGAUGUUUUGUUAGUAAAAUACAAAAUAUUUUGAGUACUUUUUAAUGCACAGCAAUGGUAGAAAAAAUUGUAUGUUAUGCUCAGUAAAGUAUAUCUAAACAUUCAUAAAGCUCUCAGGCACUUUAAGGCUACGGACUGGAGAAUGGCUGUGUAUCCUGCCCGUUGCAUUCAACAUCUGUGUCUGCGUGUGCUAGCCAUUUCCCUGGCCCUUUGUCUCUCUCUCCUCGAUGAUACUGCUGCUAUGGUGAAAAAUAGAGAGAAAGAACAACAGGAUAUUGUCCAAUUCUGGUCUGUGUGCCAAUGGUGACAAAAUGUUGUUUUCUCCUCAGUUUGGGGAUUCUUGUUGGCUUUUAUUAGUCCUGGGCCAGCCUGAACACAUUAAGAUUUUUUUUUUUAAAUUCUUCCAGUUAGUGUGGAAACCUUGAGUCCCUAGGAGGAAGGUGGUGCCCUGUGCCCUGGCACAGACAGUCCCAUCCUGGAGGAUGAUACUCUGACUCAUGCAGAGGAAAAGAAGAGUUCUGUUGCAAAACACAACAGGAAGACGUCCCACGCUGCUGUGUGCCAGGAGGACACCUACAGAGCUGCCGCAGGGGUGGAAGUGAGCCACAGGCUGUAUGGAUAGUGCUGAGAAAACUGCACGGCUGCACAAAUCUGACGCCAAACUAGGGCACUAUUUUCGGUUUCCGUUCUGCUUUUCUGACACCUGUAGGUAAGCGUGAAGCGCACAACAGACUUCUGCAGCACCUUACAGAGCAAAGGAACUGUGGCAAGGCAUGGAGACACGGCAAAGCGUUCUUGCUUAGCAAUCAGGAUUAAUUAUAACCCAGGAAUACGAACUGUAAAUGCGCUGGAGUUGCCCAGACAGGAGCUGGCUGUGUGUCAGCACUUGAAUGAGGACGUACCAUCCCAUCAGGACUCCCUGGGAGCAGGAGGUAACACCCAGUGAUCUGGAGUGUGAGAAAGUUGAUAUGAAAGACUACUCUGUAGCCCUGGGUUUGAUUUGAAGGAAGGUAUUACAAGAAAUCAGCAACCACUAAAAAAGUUGGUUUUCAUCAUAGCUUCAGGGCACUUAAAGUCGGUGUACUCAUCAGAUGCUUUCUGUGAUCUUUAUCAGUGAAUCUGCACAAGCAAUUCCUUCUUCAACUCACUUUAGGAACUGCAUCUUGGUCCUUGUACUGCUUUAACUCCCAUAGAAAUAAUUACACUUAACAAGACCUUAUCACCUACUGAAAAACAUAAUGACAGAAUUCCUGGUUUGUUUUAACUGGUGCAAUGGUGAACAGCCCCAGCCGAAGAGGCGUCGGAGACUGGACCGGAAUAUGAUAGGAGAACCAAUGAACUUUGUACACACUGCACAUGUUGGGGCAAGAGAGAUGAGUAGUGACUAUUCAUCAGCUGUAUCAAUUCAGGACCACAUGAAGUCUAAAGGUGGCUACACAAAUGGCACUUCUGCGACUGUUGAGAUAUAGGAAACUGAGAGAAGGCUGAAAUCUGCUCUGUCUUAUGAGGACCCCCUGGACUGUGCUUUCAUAUUCUCUAAGCCUCUUUAUCAUGGAGUAGAGAGAGAACUUGAAUUAUAAAUAGGUUAGUGCAAGCUUUGGUGUUUUUUGCACAAUAGCUUCUGAAGGAGUUAUUGUAAAUUAUUCUUAAAAUGAUCUGUCAUGGUAGCGUUGUAGUAGCAACUGUAAUUUGCACUGUAGAUGACUUUCUAGCUGUGCCUCAAAAACCUCACAAAAUUGUCUUGUAGGAUGGGAUUGGAAGUCAGUAUGAAUUGUCUGGGGUUUUGGUCUCUGUCUUUUUUUUUUUUCCCCUCAAGAAAUGCAGAGGUUGAUUUAACUGGAAAACAUCAUGUGUGAACUUCUUACAUGGGCUAAAUGGAAUUGCUAAGUAGGAUCUUGUAGCCUGUAAUAAAACUUUGGGCCUAAUUUUUUGAUGGCUUACAACCUAAUGCAUAAAUCUACUGAGCUGCACUUUGGUGUCUUUUUUUAAUGUCUCUUCAUGGUGAAUGAACUCCUAAUGCAGUAUAAUUAGCUGAGUCUGCAAACCCCAGUGAAACUUCUGCCUUGCUGUGAUAAUGCUUUUGGAGCUAAAAAUGUAAGUUUUGUAAACAUACUCUCAAAUGAGGCUUAGAAAAACAGAUGUUUCUCUCAAUUACUGGGCUGCUUCCCUUCCAUACAUGCAGUAGUGUGACUGACAGGUAUUACUACCACAGAGCUAAUAAAAUGUACCAGUUAACUUCAAGUGGUGCUACAAUAUGCUCCAAUUGUGCUAAUUUUGCAUGAGUACUAUUGAAUUUUAAACUAAAGAUCACUCUCUGUUACCUAUCUGUAACAGUAACUACACAGGACUUCAAGGGGUAUCUCACUUGUCUUUCUGGCUCCUUAAUUUCAAGACUUUUUUUUUUUUUUAGAUUAACUGAAUUUUUUCUUGUAUAUGCUUUUAAAUGAUAUGGUUUAAAUAAAACUGUGAUUUAAGUGAUACAGCCAUGUGAAGGACAAAAACUUAAAGAAUAUUGUGAGAACUUGCAGGAGAACAUUAAAUGGAAACAGUGUCUUGCAGAGUUCUAGCACUUCAUAAAUACAGAUAUUUAGCCAUAACCAAACUACAGUUUAUCACUUGGCUCUCAUUCAUCUUUCUAUUAAGUGAUAUGAAAUACUGCAGAAGUAGAGCUAGAGCUAGGUGGUUUUUUGCCCAAUCACUGGCAACUGUUCCCAAACUCAAAAUUUUGAAUGACUGCCAGUUCAGAAACUUGGGAAAUCUGCUUGCUGUCAUGGGAUUAACUAAAAACAAGUGUUCAAAUUACUGCUAAUUCAGCACCAGUUAUGCUGGAAGUCAGUGGAGCGCUCUCCUUCUUGCUCUAGGCAUAAGAUCAGUUAUGAACUUUUUACCAUUUAAAAAAAAAUCCUUAUUUUUGAAUUAGAAUACAUGCUGUAUUUUAAUAUAUCUUAAAAUUAGCAUGAAUUAGCCAUGCACUUAGCUUUUUAAGGUCUUUUCAUAUGUCUGUCUUCUAACUUCAGAUGCAGUCCAACAGCCUAGUUAAGAUACGGAGUUCAAAGAAACUAAAUCCUGUGUACUGUUGAGGAAGCAUAAAGUGGCCAAAUUGUUUUAAAGAAUAACUCUAAAUUCAUCUGUUAUUAGAUUGAGUUCAUGCAUUCAUUGGUCCAUACUUGCCCAGAAAGAAUAGUGGUAGGACAACUGUCUUGAAGAAAAAGGGCUGUAUUAACACUGUAAGAAAACAAAUUGAACAGGAGUUUGUAAGACUCAUUCAUGUGUUUAAGAUUAGUGGUAUAUGCAUAACUAGAAAUGAAAAAGUUUGUGAUCUUGUCAGUUCUUCUUUCUAAAAAUAAACCAACAGAGAUAAUUUUGUUACUAAACCCUUAUUUAUAGAAAAAUCCUAGUUUUCAUUACGUAAACCAAGCAGCAUUAUCUGGUGUAAAAUUAAUCUGUUUUCCUCAGCCUAUAUAGUAUUAACUAGGACCAUAUUAAAGUUAACUAAGUUUUUGCAUUAUUAAAAGGAAAUGUUUUGCUAUUGCAUUAAAGGUGCCAUUACUUUUAAAAUCUAAACAAACAUAAAAGCAUGUCUUGGGUAUUUUUUGCUGUAUAUUUAGAAACAUUAUCUAGCUGUAAUCUUUCAUGUAACUCAGCAUGAGCCUAUCUUGGUUAUAAUAAAUCUGUUGAACUAG